AUGCCUUACUCGCAGUCACACUCCGCAGAGACACACAGAAUGGAGCCUGUCCUGAGCCUGGAUGAUAUUAGGAGGUCAAUCCCACGACACUAUGAGGCGAUCCAAACUGUGAGCAGCGGCGGCUUUGGUCAAGUGGUCAAGUGUCGAAAGAGAGACACUGAGGAGUUUGUAGCGGUCAAACUUCCUUUUUACAUGCAGGACACAGAGAAGGAGGUCUCUAUACUGCAUCUUAUGAUGGAUGAAGGGAUGGACAAAAAAAACAUUGUGAAGUUUUAUGAGGAGUUUGACACACCUUUGGGAAAAGGACAGGUCUUCGAAAUGUUGGACAUGAAUCUGAUGGACUUUUAUGACACCCAACAUCUACGAUUGCCCCUGUCCGACGUCCGCAGCAUCGUGAAACAGGUGGCCACAGCUUUGGACGUGCUGAAGACCUACGCCAUAAUCCACGCAGAUCUUAAACUGGAGAACAUCAUGGUCUGUGAUCGCGCCCAGAGGCCCAUCCAGGUCAAACUCAUCGACUUUGGCAUGGCCCUUUACGCAUCCAAGGCCGAACAGGGCCUCAUCUUCCACCAUGUGUGCUACAGGGCUCCUGAGGUCAUUCUGGGAUGUCUUUUCGAUGAGGCUGUGGAUGUGUGGUGCCUGGGGACCAUGAUGGCCACUUUACUGUUUGGGUUCCAGUUGUUCCCUGACACCUGUGAAUAUGAUGUAAUGAGAGUCAUUAUCAAACUCCUCGGCGCACCAUCCGGAGUCUACCUCGAUCGCGGGAUGUUCACAAACGAUUUCUUCAUUGAAGAAGGACGUUCCUGGAAAUUUAUGACUAAUGAGGAAAUGUUUGGAUUCGAGCGGGAGGAGUACGUCACAGCAGAGUUUGGUUCUCUUCAUGAGAUUGUGAAGACACACUAUAAGUUGUCUGACAUGGAGGAGUUAGACGCACCGACAGUCCUGCUCCGUCAGAUGCUGGAACCUGAUGCAGCCGUACGAAUUACUCCGGCCGAAAUCCUCCAACAUCCAUUUAUCUGUGGCCAAAGUGGGGAAAGUGUGGUGAGGAGGACGUCUCCCGAGGUCAUCAUGGUCAGACCAGCUCGACCUGAAAACACAUAUACUCUGGAGGAGGACGAGCAGCAGAGUGACAGUGUUAUAAGUGGGAGUGUAGACAUACCAUUCUUUGACUCGGAGGACGUCGAAUCAGGGAGUGUAACCUCAGAAGAGAGUGAAAUGACACCUGAACCCAGAGUCAUGAAGGGGUCAUCGGAAAAUGCUGCUCUUCAGGAGACACACAGAAUGGAGCCUGUCCUGAGCCUGGAUGAUAUUAGGAGGUCAAUCCCACGACACUAUGAGGCGAUCCAAACUGUGAGCAGCGGCGGCUUUGGUCAAGUGGUCAAGUGUCGAAAGAGAGACACUGAGGAGUUUGUAGCGGUCAAACUUCCUUUUUACAUGCAGGACACAGAGAAGGAGGUCUCUAUACUGCAUCUUAUGAUGGAUGAAGGGAUGGACAAAAAAAACAUUGUGAAGUUUUAUGAGGAGUUUGACACACCUUUGGGAAAAGGACAGGUCUUCGAAAUGUUGGACAUGAAUCUGAUGGACUUUUAUGACACCCAACAUCUACGAUUGCCCCUGUCCGACGUCCGCAGCAUCGUGAAACAGGUGGCCACAGCUUUGGACGUGCUGAAGACCUACGCCAUAAUCCACGCAGAUCUUAAACUGGAGAACAUCAUGGUCUGUGAUCGCGCCCAGAGGCCCAUCCAGGUCAAACUCAUCGACUUUGGCAUGGCCCUUUACGCAUCCAAGGCCGAACAGGGCCUCAUCUUCCACCAUGUGUGCUACAGGGCUCCUGAGGUCAUUCUGGGAUGUCUUUUCGAUGAGGCUGUGGAUGUGUGGUGCCUGGGGACCAUGAUGGCCACUUUACUGUUUGGGUUCCAGUUGUUCCCUGACACCUGUGAAUAUGAUGUAAUGAGAGUCAUUAUCAAACUCCUCGGCGCACCAUCCGGAGUCUACCUCGAUCGCGGGAUGUUCACAAACGAUUUCUUCAUUGAAGAAGGACGUUCCUGGAAAUUUAUGACUAAUGAGGAAAUGUUUGGAUUCGAGCGGGAGGAGUACGUCACAGCAGAGUUUGGUUCUCUUCAUGAGAUUGUGAAGACACACUAUAAGUUGUCUGACAUGGAGGAGUUAGACGCACCGACAGUCCUGCUCCGUCAGAUGCUGGAACCUGAUGCAGCCGUACGAAUUACUCCGGCCGAAAUCCUCCAACAUCCAUUUAUCUGUGGCCAAAGUGGGGAAAGUGUGGUGAGGAGGACGUCUCCCGAGGUCAUCAUGGUCAGACCAGCUCGACCUGAAAACACAUAUACUCUGGAGGAGGACGAGCAGCAGAGUGACAGUGUUAUAAGUGGGAGUGUAGACAUACCAUUCUUUGACUCGGAGGACGUCGAAUCAGGGAGUGUAACCUCAGAAGAGAGUGAAAUGACACCUGAACCCAGAGUCAUGAAGGGGUCAUCGGAAAAUGCUGCUCUUCAGGAGGUGGGCAACCAGCGAAGGAAGAGAUGGAAAAACAAAGUGUCUCCGCUCUGCACAGGACCACCCACAUCAAGUCGUCCUGCCUGGCCAGAGAAGAAGAGCCGUUUACAAAAGAUCUUCGCCUGGUUUAAACGGCUCAACUGCUUCUCCAGUAGGACAGAGGAGUAA